AGGGAAGGCCGUAAAAUGAAAAUUAAUUCUGCAUAUAAAUAUAUAUUUGAAAUUCUGUCAGACCAACUUGGUUUAGACAUUACAGCUGUGGAGGAACUAAUUUUAGAUGGCCCAACAUUAGAAGCAUGUGAAAGUUUUUUUGUAAAAGGAGGAAGCAGAACUCUGAAGUUCUUAUAUCAAGAAGGUGAAGCACCUGGUGUAGAAUGUGGUAGAGCAAUUCCAGGAGUUUUAAAAGGAACUAAAAUGAUGAAGCUGUACAUUGAUGAAUCACCAGACAAGUUCAAAGGAUUGUGCUUAUUCUUUGUACGCGCUCGGAAUGAUAUUGCUGUGAAUGUAAAAUCUAUGCAUGAGGACAUCUACUUCUCAUUACUUGAUGGGAUUGAAGGUCUCCUCCUUGGGAUCAGGAAAAUACUUGCAAAUGUAUUUCUACCAGCUAUCCUAGCAACAAGUAAUUGGGGUGCUUUAAAUCAAACCAAACAGGGAGAAUGUGAAAAACAGAACUUUAUGGAAACUCUUAACAGAUACCUUUUGUUUCUGGAUGGUGCUAGAGUGAGUAUUGAGGGGACUGUUGAGCUGAGAAAAAUAGAUUACAUUGACUUUUCUAAACUCCAGUCUUUUGAGGAGGUGACAGCUGCAGCUGCUAAUCCUGAUACCGUUCAUCAGUUAGAGGAUGUGCUUAUGAUAUGGUAUAAGCAAAUUGAACAAGUUUUGAUUGAGAGUGAGCAAAUAAGAAAAGAAGCUGAUGACUCGGGUCCUUUGACUGAACUAGAGCACUGGAAGCGUAUGUCUGCUAAAUUUAAUUUUAUAAUUGAACAGAUCAAAGGACCAAAUUGCAAGAGUGUCAUAAAUACUCUAAAUGUUUCACGCUCCAAAAUGAUAAAGCUGUGGCGAGAACUGGAUGCGAGGAUAACAGAUACAGCAAAUGAAUCGAAAGAUAAUGUGAGAUAUUUAUACACACUUGAAAAAGUUUGCCAGCCACUCUAUAACUAUGAUCUAGUUUCCAUGGCCCAUGGAAUACAAAACUUGAUUAAUGCUAUACGAAUGAUACACAGUGUCUCAAGAUAUUACAAUACUUCUGAGAGAAUGACAUCACUGUUUGUAAAGGUUACAAAUCAGAUGGUAACAGCAUGUAAAGCAUAUAUUACUGAUGGAGGAUUUAGUCGUGUAUGGGAACAGGAUACCCCAACAGUAAUUAAGAAAAUCCAGGACUGCAUUUUUCUGUUUAAAGAAUAUCAGAAAAGUUUUCACAAAACAAGGAAACAAAUUUUGGAGAGUUUAGGGGACAAGACAUUUGAAGUAUCUGAGAUGUAUAUUUUUGGCAAAUUUGAAGCUUUUUGCAAAAGGCUAGAAAAAAUUACAGAAAUGAUAACCAUAGUUCAAACUUUUUCUGCGUUGAGUAUGUCUACCAUUGAAGGAAUUGAUAUUAUGGCCAUUAAGUUCAAAAAUAUUUACCAAAGUGUUCAAAAGAAAAAAUACGAUAUUCUAGAUCCAAGGAAAACUGAAUUUGAUGUUGAUUUUGCUGAUUUUAUGACAAAAAUAGAAGGUUUAGAGGUUCAGAUACAGUCAUUUAUGAGAACUUGUUUUGGAAGAAUCUUAUCUUCACAACAUGCUGUCCAACUUCUUCAAAGGUUUCAGAAGCUGAACAUGCCAUGUCUUCAACAUGAAAUAGAGCGUACUAUUGCAUGCAUUCUUCAGCAUUACGUUGCAGAACUUGAAGCCACUAAAAAGCUUUAUCAGGCUCAAAAAGAUGAUCCUCCUCUGGCUCGAAAUAUGCCCCCAGUAGCUGGGAAGAUACUGUGGGUGAGGCAGCUCUUCAGGCGCAUAAAUGAACCGAUCGACUAUUUUUAUAAAAAUUCAGACAUCUUAGCAAGUCCAGAAGGUAAAGCAGUUGUUCGAUUGUACAAUAAAAUUUCCUAUGUGCUGGUGGAAUUUGAGGUACUCUAUCACACAGCUUGGAUGAAGGAAAUUUCACAGCUACAAUAUGCAUUACAAGUAACACUUUUGGUACGGCAUCCUGAAACUGGAAAGCUACUAGUUAAUUUUGACCCCAAAAUCUUAGAGAUUGUCCGAGAAACGAAGUGUAUGAUAAAGAUGGGACUUGACGUACCAGAGCAGGCAAAGAGGAUAGUUAAAAUUGAAAGUGAGGUUAAGACAAACAAAUUACGUUUGGAGGGUAUUCUUGCAUGUUAUGAAAAUUUGUGCCAGGAAGUGCCAACUGUGUUUGUAAAUUUGAUGGCGCCAAAAAUGAAGAAGGUGGAAUCUGUAUUGCGACAAGGACUUACUAUUUUAACAUGGUCAUCUUUGACUUUAGAUAGCUUCUUUCAAGAAGUUGAUGAAGUCAUGAAAAUGUUUAAUCAGCUUUUGAAAAAGAUUAAUGACUUGUGUGAAAUCCAGAUUGAUUUAACAAUGAAAGACAUAUCGAAUACUCUUUUGCUUGUAUUACCAGACAGUGCUACAAAAGUGGAGGAUUUAUUGGCACGCAAUGAGACAUAUACCAAAGAGUGGGCUGAAAUAUUAAACAACAAAAGCAGACAUAUAGAAGAUGCUGUACAGGAGGUGAUAUCUAUAUUUGAACAAAUUUAUGAAGUCAAGCGGACGUCACGUGUGGGCAAGCAGAGACAGGAAGAGAAGCAUGUAGCAUUUGGAGGCAGAGGAAUGGAGAACAGUUCUUCUGGGAUUUCUGUUGUUUCUAGUGAGGAUGCUGAAGACAGUGAGAAAGAAGAUGAGUUUAAAAAGGAAUGCAAAGAGGUCGUUGCAUAUUUUAGCCAUCAGUUGUUGGAUAGCCUGCAGAAAGCCACUCGAUUGUCUUUGGAUGCUCUUAAAAGAAGAAUAUUUGUUGCGAGCACAUUUGGGCGGCCGUCUUACCUGCCUCACGCGGCUAUUAAGCAAGAAGAUGUUGUUUCAUUUCUAAAAGCUGAAGUGCAUUUAGCUAUUCCAAAUGUGGUAAUGGUGCCAAGUUUAGAUGAUAUCCAGCAGUCCAUUAACCGUAUGAUACAAUUGACCCUGGAUGUGAGCCGUGGUGUGGCACACUGGGGACAACAACACCUGCAGAAAUCUAAUACAACGCUGGAGGGAAACUUAUAUUUAUCUCCUAGCCAGAUAAGUGGGAAAGCAGCUAAAAAAGAUGAAAAAACAGUGGAAGAGACAUUUCCAGUAAGAAAGUUGAGAAAUUUUUAUCCAGGUGUUGCAGAACAUAAAGAUAUUUCCAAAUUAGUUGUGCUUCUGUCCUCAUCUGUAAACUCUGUACGGAAAGCAGCUAGUGAAGCCCUACUUGACUUCCAGAAAUAUAAAGCUCUAUGGACGGAAGACAGAGAUGCUAAAGUUCAGCAAUUUCUGGCGAGUAAUCCUUCUCUGACUGAGAUCAGAUCAGAAAUUCUUCAUUAUGCUACCUUUGAACAAGAGAUAGAAGAUUUAAAACCUACAAUUUCUGUUGGCCCCAUUGAACUGAAUACAAGACCAAUGAAACUAGCUCUCUCAAUUGAAGCCAAAGCAUGGAAAAUGUUACUCUGUCGCUAUUUAAAUGAAGAAUACAAGAACAGAUUUUUUGCUCAAGAUGAGUUGAUUCAGGUGCAGCCCAAGUUUAAGGCUCAACUAUUGGAAGCUGUUGAGGUUUUCCGUGAGGAUGUAUCGAACUAUGAACUAGCAUAUGAGAUGGAAGGACCUAUGGUUCCAAAUACACCACCUCAAGAAGCCAGCAAUAGAUUACAGAUAUUCCAGGCCAAUUUUGAUGAGCUCUGGAGGAAAUUUGUUACUUAUUCAUCUGGUGAGCAGCUCUUUGGAUUGCCUGUCACAGACUAUGAGGUUUUACAUAAAAUCAGAAAGGAGCUAAGUUUGCUUCAAAAAUUGUAUGGAUUGUAUGAUACUGUGAUGAAUAAUAUUAGUGGGUAUUAUGAAAUUCUCUGGGGAGAUGUAGACAUUGAAAAAAUUAAUGCUGAACUUCUGGAGUUUCAGAACAGGUGCCGCAAACUACCCAAAGGGCUUAAAGAUUGGCAAGCAUUUUUAGAUCUUAAAAAAAGAAUAGAUGAUUUCAGUGAAUCAUGCCCACUGUUAGAAAUGAUGACCAAUAAAGCAAUGAAACUGAGACACUGGAACCGUAUUUCUGAAACGACUGCACAUCCAUUUGAUGUAGAAUCUGAUUCCUUUUGCCUUCGAAAUAUCAUGGAAGCACCACUUCUUAAGCACAAGGAUGAUAUUGAGGACAUUUGCAUAUCUGCUAUAAAAGAAAAAGAUAUUGAAGCUAAACUGGGUCAGGUGGUUGACAGUUGGGCAAAUCAGACCCUGAGUUUUUCAUCAUUCAAGGGUAGAGGAGAGCUGCUUCUCAAGGGAAAUGAAUCUGCUGAAAUUAUUACACUGAUGGAAGACAGCUUAAUGGUCCUGGGCUCUUUACUUAGUAACAGAUACAAUGCUCCAUUUAAAAAAGAUAUUCAGAACUGGGUGUUCAAACUCAGCACCUCCAGUGAUAUAAUUGAAGAAUGGUUGGUUGUACAAAACCUUUGGGUUUACCUUGAAGCUGUUUUUGUAGGAGGAGAUAUUGCCAAGCAGUUACCCCAGGAAGCGAAACGUUUUCAAAACAUUGAUAAAUCAUGGAUAAAAAUAAUGCAACGAGCUCAUGAAAACCCAAAUGUUGUUGGCUGUUGUGUUGGAGAUGAGACCAUGGGCCAGCUUUUACCACAUUUGCAUGAGCAGCUGGAAGUAUGCCAGAAGUCACUUACAGGGUAUUUGGAAAAGAAAAGAUUGCUGUUUCCCAGAUUCUUUUUUAUCUCUGACCCUGCUCUUCUAGAGAUACUUGGACAAGCUAGUGAUUCACACACUAUUCAGCCACAUCUGCCUGGUUUGUCAGACAACAUAAAUGAAGUGGAAUUUCAUCCCAAGGAUUAUGAUCGCAUAACUGCAGUCAUAUCAAGAGAAGGAGAAAAGAUUCAUCUAGACGCUCCAGUAAAUGCAAAGGGACCUGUAGAACUCUGGCUGAUGGAUCUGUUGAGAAUGCAACAGUCUUCAUUACACUGUGUAAUUCGAGCAGCAUUCUAUCAGAUUAGUGAUCCAGGGUACCAGCUGCUGAACUUCCUUUACCAUUUUCCAGCACAGGUAGGGUUGCUGGGAAUUCAGAUGCUAUGGACACAUGAUUCAGAAGAAGCCUUGACCAAUGCAAAAGAUGACAGGAAAGUCAUGUCAGUAACCAAUCAGAAAUUUUUGGAUAUUCUAAAUACUCUUAUUGGCCAGACUACUCAUGAUCUUUCCAAGUUUGACAGAGUGAAGUUUGAAACUCUUAUUACCAUUCAUGUGCAUCAGCGUGAUAUAUUUGAUGACUUGGUUAAAAUGCAUAUCAGAUCAGUGACUGAUUUUGAAUGGUUAAAGCAGAGCAGGUUUUAUUUUAAGGAAGAUCUGGAUCAAACAUUGGUAUCUAUUACUGAUGUUGAUUUUGUUUAUCAAAAUGAAUUUCUGGGAUGUACCGAUCGUCUGGUCAUAACACCUUUAACAGACAGAUGCUACAUUACAUUGGCUCAGGCUCUAGGAAUGAACAUGGGAGGAGCUCCAGCAGGACCUGCUGGAACUGGUAAAACAGAAACCACAAAAGACAUGGGAAAAGCUUUGGGGAAAUAUGUGGUAGUGUUUAACUGUUCAGAUCAAAUGGAUUUCAGAGGACUGGGCCGGAUUUUCAAAGGUCUUGCACAGUCUGGUUCCUGGGGAUGCUUUGAUGAAUUUAACAGAAUUGAAUUACCGGUGUUGUCAGUAGCAGCUCAACAAAUUUAUAUAAUUUUGACAGCAAGGAAAGAAAGGAAGAAGCAGUUCAUAUUUUCCGAUGGAGAUGUUGUAGAUUUAAACCCAGAGUUUGGAAUUUUUCUGACAAUGAAUCCAGGUUAUGCUGGACGCCAGGAACUGCCAGAAAACCUGAAAAUUCAAUUUAGAACUGUUGCUAUGAUGGUUCCAGAUAGACAGAUAAUCAUGAGAGUUAAACUUGCAAGCUGUGGCUUUAUUGAAAAUGUUAUAUUGGCUCAAAAAUUCUUUGUUCUUUAUAAGCUUUGUGAAGAGCAGCUUACUAAGCAGGUUCAUUAUGACUUUGGCUUGAGGAAUAUCCUCUCAGUGUUGAGAACUCUUGGAGCUCAGAAGAGAGCCAGACCAGAUGACAGUGAACUGAGUACAGUCAUGAGAGGGCUGAGGGAUAUGAAUCUGUCUAAACUUGUGGAUGAAGAUGAACCCCUAUUUCUAAGUCUUAUUAAUGACCUCUUUCCCGGGUUAGUGCUGGACAGCAAUACAUAUGUUGAACUUCAAGCAGCUGUUGCAAAUCAGGUUGAAGAGGCAGGGCUGAUUAAUCAUCCACCUUGGAAUCUUAAGCUUGUACAGUUGUAUGAAACUUCCAAAGUGCGCCAUGGACUGAUGACCCUUGGACCCAGUGGAUCUGGAAAAACGGCUGUGAUAACUAUGCUGAUGAGGGCAAUGACGGAAUGCGGAUAUCCUCAUAGAGAAAUGCGAAUGAACCCCAAAGCUAUUACCGCACCUCAGAUGUUUGGCAAACUGGAUACAGCAACUAAUGAUUGGACAGAUGGAAUCUUUUCCACACUGUGGAGAAAAACUCUAAAAGCUAAAAAAGGAGAGAAUAUUUUCCUAGUUCUAGAUGGCCCUGUGGAUGCCAUUUGGAUUGAAAAUCUGAAUUCAGUGUUGGAUGAUAAUAAGACUCUCACUCUAGCAAAUGGUGAUCGGAUUCCCAUGUCUCCCACUUGCAAGCUGCUUUUUGAAGUUCAUAACAUUGAAAAUGCUUCUCCUGCUACAGUUUCUAGGAUGGGUAUGGUGUAUAUCAGUUCUUCGGCCUUAAGCUGGAGGCCAAUAUUGCAGGGUUGGCUAAAGACACGUACUCCACAAGAAGCUGAUGUGCUGUUAGGCUUAUAUGAUAAAGUGUUUGAAGAAGCAUAUACAUACAUGAAACUAAGCCUAACCCCCAAAAUGGAGCUCCUGGAAUGUAACUAUAUUAUGCAGUCCAUUAACCUUUUGGAAGGAUUGAUACCUUCAAAGGAAGAAGGAGGUAUAUCAUGUUUGGGACAUCUUCAUAAACUAUUCGUCUUUGGCCUGAUGUGGAGUUUAGGCUGCCUUCUAGAACUGGAAAGCAGGGAUAAGUUGGAAGCCUUUCUUAGAAGCCAUGAAAGCAAACUAAAUUUGCCAGAAAUCCCUAAAGGCACUACACAAACAAUGUAUGAGUUUUUUGUCAAUGACUGUGGAGACUGGGAGCACUGGAAUAAAAAAGUUCAGGAAUAUGUUUAUCCAACAGACAGUAUUCCUGAGUAUUCAUCUAUUCUGGUUCCAAAUGUUGAUAAUGUUAGGACACAGUUUUUGAUAGAUACCAUAGCAAAACAACACAAAGCAGUGUUGCUCAUUGGUGAACAAGGAACUGCAAAGACUGUAAUGAUUAAAGGCUAUUUAAAAAAAUAUGAUCCUGAGGAACAUUUGUCAAAAAGUUUAAAUUUUUCCUCAGCAACAGAACCUGGCAUGUUUCAGAGGACAAUUGAAAGUUAUGUGGACAAACGGAUGGGUAGUACAUAUGGACCUCCAGGUGGCAGAAAAAUGACUAUAUUCAUUGAUGAUAUUAACAUGCCAAUUAUUAAUGAAUGGGGAGAUCAGGUGACAAAUGAAAUAGUGCGUCAAAUGAUGGAAAUGGAAGGAAUGUACAGCUUGGAUAAACCUGGAGACUUUACUACGAUUGUUGAUGUGCAGUUAAUAGCAGCAAUGAUUCACCCAGGAGGAGGCCGAAAUGAUAUCCCACAGCGCUUAAAGAGGCAAUUUACUGUGUUUAACUGCACGCUGCCAUCUAAUGCAUCCAUAGACAAAAUAUUUGGUAUAAUUGGCUGUGGAUACUUUCAUCCAUGUAGAUCUUUUAAAGCAGAAAUAUGUGAUGCGAUCAUAAAAUUAGUAUCAGCAAGCAGAAUACUGUGGCAAUGGACUAAGGUAAAGAUGCUUCCCACACCGUCCAAAUUCCAUUACAUCUUCAAUCUUCGAGACCUUUCCAGAAUUUGGCAAGGAAUGUUAACUAUAAAAGCAGAUGAAUGUUCUAACGUUGAGACUCUUCUGGCACUAUUUAAACAUGAAUGCACUAGAGUAAUUGCUGACAGGUAUGUUCAUUAUGGCCGGGAGAGGGCAGCCUCUGUUUCAAGCCCGAAGAUGGCUGGGAAAGAGAAAAGGGAGUGGCAACCGGCAAUAGACGCUAUGGAGAAGAGAAUGAUGGAAGCUAUUCAAGGCCUGGGGAAACAGAUGGAGCAACAGAUGGAUAAACAUAUGGAGAAGCAGAUGGAACAGCUGGAAGAAGUCCAAGAAAAAAAUAUGGUGAAGAUGAAAGAAUUAGUUGUUGCAGAGGUGGCCGAAAUUAAAAAGGAGGUGACAGACAUCAAAAAGGAAUUUCAAGGUUUAGUAACGAAAUCUACAGAAAUGGAGCAAAAAUCGCAAGAUAUAGACAAAAAAAUGGAAACUGUGAUACAAGAAAAUCACUUUUUGAAACAGCAACAAAGCCCGAGUAAAGAUGAUACGAAAUCUGUGGAUAAUAUGGAAGAGGAGGAAGUUAGUGAUGGAGAAUCAGAUGACACCUCAAGAAGUUCCAGUAGUACUUCGGAAACCUCAGAAUUGGAGAAAGGGGCUGCUGCAGCGAAAAUUCCCAAAGCUAAUCUGAGGUACAAGAAGAAACUUAACCAAGAGUUCAAGCACUCUUCAACUAUUUCACGAAUAAUUCGUACAGCAUGUGGAAAUGCUUUGCUUGUAGGAGUUGGUGGAUCUGGAAAACAGAGUCUUUCGAGGCUGGCCUCUUUUAUAGCUGGAUACAAAAUAUUUCAGAUAACUUUAACUAGAUCUUACAAUGUGUCCAAUCUCACAGAUGAUCUAAAGCUUUUAUAUAGAGUUGCUGGUGGUGAAGGAAAAGGAAUCACAUUCAUUUUCACAGAUAAUGAAAUAAAAGACGAGGCAUUUCUUGAAUAUCUUAAUAAUCUGCUUUCUUCUGGAGAGAUCUCCAAUUUAUUUCCUCGAGAUGAACUGGAUGAAAUAACUCAAGCACUGAUAUCUGUAAUGAAAAAAGAGUUACCACGAGUUCCACCAACUUUUGAUAAUCUUUAUGAAUAUUUUAUCUCACGAUCAAAGAAGAAUCUUCAUGUUGUUCUCUGCUUUUCUCCAGUUGGUGAGAAAUUUCGUGCACGCUCUUUGAAAUUUCCUGGUCUUAUAUCAGGCUGUACCAUGGAUUGGUUCACUAGGUGGCCCAAGGAAGCCCUUGUUGCUGUAUCCCAUUAUUUCCUGUCAGAGUUUAACAUUGUCUGUUCUGCUGAAGUUAAAGCACAAGUAGUAGAAACUAUGGGUAUCUUUCAUGACCUAGUUUCAGAAAGCUGUGAGAAUUAUUUCCAAAGAUACCGACGAAGAGCUCAUGUCACACCCAAGUCAUAUCUCUCUUUCAUUAAUGGCUACAAGGAAGUUUAUGCUGAAAAGUUAUCCAGCAUUAAUGAGCAAGCUGAGCGUAUGCACAUUGGUCUUUCUAAGCUGAUGGAAGCAAGUGAAUCUGUUGCUAAACUCUCUCAGGAACUGGCAGUGAAAGAGAAGGAACUGGCUUUGGCUUCUGUAAAAGCUGACAAAGUGUUGGCAGAAGUAACAGUAAGUGCUGAGGCUUCAGCUAAAGUGAAAAAUGAAGUUCAAGGCGUAAAAGACAAAGCACAAAAGAUUGUUGAUGAAAUUGAUUCAGAGAAAGUGGUAGCAGAGGCCAAGCUGGAGGCGGCUAGACCAGCAUUAGAGGAAGCAGAAGCUGCUUUGAAUACUAUCAAACCAGCAGAUAUUGCAACAGUUCGAAAACUUGCCAAGCCACCUCAUCUGAUCAUGAGGAUCAUGGACUGCUGUCUGUUGUUGUUCCAAAAGAAAAUAGACCCAGUUACCAUGGACCCAGAAAAGCCUUGCUUGAAACCAUCGUGGAGCGAGUCCUUGAAACUAAUGAGUGGGCCAUUUCUGCAGAGUCUACAGCAGUUUGCGAAAGAUUCAAUCAAUGAAGAGACAGUGGAAUUACUGCAGCCUUAUUUUCAAAUGGAAGAUUAUACUUUUGAGAAUGGUAAAAAGGUCUGUGGUAAUGUGGCAGGCCUCCUUUCUUGGACACAAGCUAUGGCAAUAUUCUAUGGCAUAAACAGAGAAGUGUUGCCUCUUAAGACCAACUUGGCAAAACAAGAGGGACGUUUGAAAAUAGCAAAUGCAGAAUUAGGAAAGGCUCAGGCAUUAUUAGAUGAGAAACAAGCAGAACUGGAUAAAGUGCAAGCAAAAUUUGAUGCAGCUAUGAAGGAGAAGAUGGACCUUUUGAAUGAUGCAGAAAUGUGCAGAAAUAAGAUGCAGGCAGCCUCUACACUUAUAGAUGGCUUGAGUGGAGAGAAAAUUAGAUGGACCCAACAAAGUAAAGAGUUCCGAGCCCAGAUAAACAGACUUGUCGGAGAUGUUUUACUGUGCACAGGGUUCCUGUCAUACUGUGGCCCUUUUAAUCAGAUAUUCAGAAAUCUUUUGCUUAAAGAUUUAUGGGAGGCAGAGAUGAGAGCCAGGAAGAUCCCUUUUACUGAAAACCUGAACCUAAUUUCAAUGUUGGUGGAUCCGCCUACGAUUAGUGAAUGGAACCUACAAGGGCUUCCAGGAGAUGAACUUUCAGUUCAAAAUGGCAUUAUUGUCACUAAGGCAACAAGAUACCCUCUUUUGAUAGAUCCACAGACACAAGGUAAAACAUGGAUCAAACAGAAAGAAAAGGACAAUGAGCUACAAGUAACAACACUGAAUCAUAAAUAUUUCCGCACACACCUAGAGGACGGCCUUUCACUGGGAAGACCGCUUUUGAUUGAGGAUAUAAGUGAAGAAUUAGAUCCUGCCCUUGAUAAUAUAUUAGAAAAGAACUUCAUUAAAUCAGGAAGCUCUUUCAAGGUGAAAGUUGGGGAUAAGGAAGUAGAUAUCAUGAAUACAUUUAAACUUUAUAUUACUACAAAACUGCCCAAUCCUGCCUUUACGCCUGAGAUCAAUGCUAAAACAUCAGUCAUUGAUUUUACUGUUACUAUGAAAGGCCUUGAAAAUCAGUUAUUGAAGAGAGUAAUUCUUACAGAGAAACAGGAACUGGAAGCAGAGAGAGUAAAACUCAUGGAAGAUGUAACUUACAAUAAACGGAAAAUGAAAGAACUGGAAGACAAUCUCCUUUAUAAAUUAACUGCAACUAAGGGCUCUUUGGUAGAUGAUGAAUCUUUGAUUGGUGUAUUGCGAACAACUAAACAAACUGCUACAGAGGUAUCAGAAAAGCUGGAAGUUGCAGGAGAGACAGAGAAAAAAAUUAACACAGCACAAGAGGAGUAUCGUCCUGCUGCUACACGAGGAAGCAUUCUUUAUUUUCUUAUCACAGAAAUGAGCAUGGUCAAUAAUAUGUAUCAAACGUCACUGGCUCAGUUCCUAAAACUGUUUGAUCAGUCAAUGGCAAGAGCUGAGAAGUCCCCUAUCCCACAGAAAAGAAUCUCAAAUAUUAUAGAAUUUUUGACAUAUGAAACAUUUGUAUAUUCUGUUAGAGGCUUGUAUGAAAACCACAAAUUUCUCUUUACACUACUUCUGACAUUAAAAAUUGACCUUCAAAGGGGCCAGGUGAAGCCAAAGGAAUUCCAAGCACUCAUUAAAGGUGGUGCAGCACUGGAUCUAAAAGCUUGUCCUCCCAAACCAUUCCGGUGGAUUCUUGAUAUGACAUGGUUGAAUCUGGUGGAACUAAGCAAGCUGCCACAGUUUUCUGAAAUCAUGAAUCAGAUUUGUCGUAAUGAGAAGGGAUGGAAAAGUUGGUUCGAUAAGGAUGCUCCAGAGGAAGAAGUUAUUCCUGAUGGAUACAAUGACUCUCUAGAUACUUGUCGUAAACUUUUGCUUAUCAGGUCUUGGUGUCCAGAUCGCACACUUUCUCAAGCCAGGAAAUACAUUGCAGAUUCAUUGAAUGAGAAAUACACAGAUCCAGUAAUUUUAAAUUUAGAAAAAACUUGGGAAGAAAGUGAUAGACGAACACCACUCAUCUGCUUUUUAUCAAUGGGAUCUGACCCAACUCUUCAGAUCGAUGCCUUGGCCAGGAAACUUAAACUGGAAAACAGAGCUAUCUCCAUGGGUCAGGGACAAGAAGUUCAUGCACGCAAACUAAUACAGAUGUCAAUGGCACAGGGUGGCUGGGUGCUGCUUCAGAACUGCCAUCUAGGCCUAGAGUUCAUGGAAGAGCUUUUGGAAACGUUGCUGACUGCAGAUAUUCCUGAUGACAGUUUCCGUGUUUGGAUAACCACUGAACCGCACGAUAGGUUUCCAAUUACUUUGCUACAGACUUCAAUAAAAUUCACAAAUGAACCACCGCAGGGUGUCCGCGCAGGACUGAAAAGAACAUUUUCUAGUAUUAACCAAGAUUUGCUUGAUAUCAGCAAUAUGCCUAUGUGGAAGCCCCUUCUUUAUACUGUAGCUUUCCUGCACUCCACUGUUCAGGAAAGGCGCAAGUUUGGUCCUUUGGGUUGGAAUAUUCCCUAUGAAUUCAACUCAGCAGACUUCACAGCAAGUGUCCAGUUUAUACAGAAUCACUUGGAUGAAUGUGACAUUAAGAAAGGUAUAUCUUGGAGUACAGUCCGAUACAUGAUUGGAGAGGUGCAGUAUGGUGGCAGGGUCACGGAUGACUAUGAUAAGCGUCUUCUUAAUUGCUUUGCAAGAGUCUGGUUCAGUGAAAAGAUGUUUGAGAACACAUUUUGUUUUUACACUGGAUACAAAAUUCCAGUGUGUAAAACUUUGGAUCACUAUCAUGAAUAUAUUUCAACUCUUCCUAGUAUGGAUAGUCCAGAAGUCUUCGGUCUUCAUCCAAAUGCAGAUAUAACGUAUCAGAGUAAUACAGCGGCUGAUGUUCUGAACACCAUAACAAAUAUUCAGCCAAAAGAAAGCGGAGGUGGAGUAGGAGAAACUCGAGAAGCCAUUGUCUAUCGAUUAGCUGAAGAUAUGCUUGAGAAACUACCUCCGGAUUAUGUACCCCAUGAGGUUAAAGCUCGCUUAAUUAAAAUGGGACAUCUCAAUUCUAUGAAUAUUUUUCUUCGACAAGAAAUUGACCGAAUGCAAAAAAUAAUCACAAUAGUUCGGAACAGUCUGAGUGAUCUUAAAUUAGCCAUUGAAGGAACUAUAAUUAUGAGUGAGAAUUUAAGAGAUGCACUUGAUAACAUGUAUGAUGCUCGAAUACCUCAAAUGUGGAAGCGUGCAUCUUGGGAUUCUUCCACACUUGGAUUCUGGUUUACUGAACUACUGGAGAGAAACAACCAGUUUCGCAUCUGGAUUUUUGAAGGGAGGCCACAUGUAUUUUGGAUGACUGGAUUUUUUAAUCCUCAAGGUUUUCUCACAGCUAUGAGGCAAGAAGUGACUCGAGCGCACAAAGGGUGGGCUUUGGAUACAGUCACGAUUCAUAAUGAAGUGCUGAAACAAGUUAGGGAAGAAAUCACAGCGGCCCCUGCUGUAUCGGCCCCUGCUGAAGGUGUAUAUAUCUAUGGAUUGUACUUGGAUGGAGCUGGGUGGGACAGACGAAAUAACAAACUCACUGAAUCUACAGCAAAGAUUCUUUUUACGCUACUGCCGGUUGUGCAUAUAUUUGCAAUUAAUACGACUGGGCCAAGAGAUCCCAAACUCUAUGUUUGCCCUAUUUACAAGAAGCCAAGGAGAACUGACUUGACCUACAUCACUGCAAUCUACCUAAGGACAACUGUGUCUCCAGAUCACUGGAUACUGAGAGGAGUGGCCCUUCUGUGUGAUGUCAAAUAAAUCCUCAUCCUUAGACAACUAUAAAAACUCUUUAAAAUAUGAGAUAUUGAUCAAAAAUAUAAGUUUGACUUGUUUGCUUCUAUUAAUUAGCUGUUC